AUGCAGAAGGAUUUCCGGCUGCCGUAUUGGUUCCAAUUCGCGGGCAUUCUGGGCGAGGGGUCCUUCGGCCUGGUCGUGCUGGCCACGGACCUGAGGAUCAAGGACGCAUCGCGGAACCUGGUGGCGGUGAAGCUGAUACCGCGGGGGGAGCAUGGCAUCACCAAGUACGUGGAGCGCGAGGUGCUGGUGCUGCGCUCCCUGUGGCACAAGCACAUCGUGGGGUUCCGGGAGGCCUGCCUCAGCGCCACUCACCUGUGCAUCGUGCUCAACUACGUGGCGGGGGGCACCCUGCUGGAGUUCGUGAAGCGCAACAGGUGCCUGCCCGAGGCGCUGGCGCGCUGGCUCUUCCAGCAGCUCAUAACUGCCGUGGACUAUUGCCACAAGGUCGGCGUAUCCAACCGCGACAUCAAGCUUGAGCACCUGCUCCUUGAUGACAACACACAGCCGCACCCUGUUGUCAUGCUGUGCGACUUUGGCUUUGCCAAGCAGCGCGGACGGCACUCAGCGCCCAAGACAGCCCUGGGGACCGCGCGGUACUGCGCACCAGAAGUGCUGGCUGCAGAGAGGAGUGGACUUAAGUACAACGGCGGCCUGGCGGACAUGUACUCCUGUGGCGUGUGCCUCUUCCGGAUGCUGUUUGGGCUGGAGGUGGUGGUGCAGUGGCGCACCAAGGGAUUGGAGGCGCAGGUUGCUGACGACUCGGCGAUGGGCCAGCCCAUGCUUGGCCAGCGCCAGGGUGAGUUGGCGUUCCCAGACAGCCGGGAGCACACGGACGGGCCACUGGGAGAAAUAAGCGAUGAGUGCAAGGACUUCCUGUGCCGGCUGCUGCAGAGAAACCCGAACCACAGGAUGAAGACUGAGAUG